AAGUUGACCAAAUUUCCCAAGUUGUGAAAAGUAUCUAAGCUUCUGUGCAUUUAAAUAAAUCAAUUACCAUGAUUCUAAACACUUAACAUAAAAUGACUAAUUGGCUAUGGAUAGUACUAACUUUAGUACUCUUUCUAGUUGGUUAUGUUCUAAGAAAUAAAACCAAUGAGAAGAAGAAGAAUCUUCCUCCUGGCCCGAAAGGGUAUCCUCUAAUAGGGAGUUUAAACCUAUUAGGCGAAAAACCUCACCGAGAUUUGGAAAGGUUGUCCAAAAAAUAUGGCCCGAUUAUGCAUAUGCGACUCGGCCUAAUUCCAACUAUUGUUGUGUCUUCCCCUAAGGCUGCCGAGCUUUUUCUCAAGACUCAUGAUCUUUCUUUCGCCACUAGACCGGUUCACCAGGCCGCCCAAUACUUGUCGUGGGGCCAGAGGAACUUAUCCUUUGGCUUGUACGGUUCUUAUUGGCGCGACAUGAGAAAAAUGUGCACUCUUGAGCUACUAAGUAGUCUCAAGAUAAGCACUUUUAGAGCUAUGAGAAGAGAAGAGAUUGGUCAUUUUAUCGAGUUCAUAAAAAACAAUGCUACUUCUCAUGAUGGCGGGGUUGCAAUCGAUUUGAGCGCCAAGAUUACAACAUGUAAUACCGAUAUGAGUUGUCGAAUGGUGUUCGGGAAGAAGUACUCCGACGAAGAGUUUGAUCCUAAGGGUUUCAAGGAAAUUAUCAAAGAGUUUAUGCACUUGGCUGCAGCUCCUAAUUUGGGAGAUUACAUUCCUUUUCUUGCUCCACUUGAUUUGCAAGGCUUGACAAAAAGAAUGAAAGCUGUUAACAAAGUGUUUGAUGACUUUUUUGAUGUGAUCAUUGAUGAACAUAUUCAAUCCAAGGAUAAAGAUCAACAUGAAACCAAAGAUUUUGUUGAUGUUAUGUUGAGCUUUAUGGGUUCUGAACAAUCUGAAUAUCGAAUCGAAAGGCUUAACAUCAAAGCUAUAAUUCUGGACAUGCUUAUAACCUCAAUGGAUACAGCAUCAACAGUAGUAGAAUGGGCAAUAUCACAACUCAUCAAACACCCAACAACAAUGAAAAAACUACAAAAAGAGCUCGAAACGACGGUAGGCAUGGAAAGAAUGGUGGAAGAAUCGGAUUUAGACAAAUUGCCUUAUUUAAACAUGGUAAUAAAGGAAACCCUAAGGCUUCAUCCAGUAGCACCAUUGUUACUUCCCCAUGCAGCCAUCGAAGAAUGCACGGUCAAUGGUUUCCACAUACCUAAAAACUCGCGUGUGUUCAUAAACGCUUGGACAAUUGGGAGAGAUCCCGAGUAUUGGGAUGAGCCAGAAAAGUUUUUCCCAGAAAGGUUUUCGGGAAAUAACAUAGAUUACAUAGGUAGAGACUUCGAGUUCAUUCCAUUUGGAUCGGGAAGAAGAAGUUGCCCGGGAAUGCAGCUCGGUAUGAUUGUGGUGAGGUUGAUGGUGGCUCAAAUUGUUCAUUGCUUUGAUUGGGAACUACCUAAUGGUAUGGUGAGUUCAGAGUUGGAUAUGAAUGAAGAGUUUGGUUUGACUAUUCCUAGGUCAACACAUCUUGUGGCUAUUCCUAGUUAUCGCCUUAAGAAGUAAUAAAAAAAUGUGAGGCUUUUUUAUUACCCUUUUGAAGUAAAAUAAAGAACAUGUUUAGACUUUUGGUGAUGCUAAUGCUUUUAUUUCAAUAAAGCUAAUCUUUGAAGAUAUUACAUGA